AUUUACCUCUUAAUUAUAUCCAAAGAGUUCAAUUUGGAUAUGCUUUUAACUUUCUUAGUCUACCUUGUUUGUAAAGGCAAUUUUUAUAAUCUGCCUAACCUUAAUAUACUGUCCAGAUAAGAAUAAGGUCGAUUUAAUGAGAUUUAAUAUUUCUUAUCCAAUUUAAAAAACAGAAAUGUGUUUGGAUUCUUGAUUCAACACUAAUUAAUAGAAAUUCACUCUAAAUUUCAUUAAAAGAUGAUGUAUAAUACAAGUGAGGGUCCAGUCGGACCUUCAAUAGGUGUAAAUGAGGUCGAAAUCAGACCCAUUAUUGAUUUUAAAAACAAAUCUAAAACUUCAAAAUCGUCAAACGCAGUAAAUUUACUUGGAAUUUUAAAACUUUUUAAGUACAUAUCGCUACUUUUGUUAAUUUUAAGUAAAUCGCAUUGCUUAACAAUAUCUUACACCACUGAAAGCGUUAAAAAAAACUCGACAAACUUCGGUAAUCUUGACUCCAGCUAUGCAAAUGGAGCUCCUUUGAACAGUAAUGAUCUAGAAAAUAGAGCUUUAAAAGCUGGUAACUUUGAAACCAGACAUAAGUUAUCCAUACAAAUAUUAACUACAAAGUACACUGGAAUAUUGAAUCACGGAGCAAAUAAUCCGUCAUUAAAUUUACAUAGUGUUGUAAAUGAAGAUUCAGAUUACCCAGAGGGGAACUUGAAUUUAAAAGUUGAGGGCGAUAAUUCUCUCAAUCUUGUCACUGGUGGUAUUAAGCUUAAACAUUGGAGCAAGGUUGUUGCCGGAGUUGUAAUCCUGACCUCGACAUUUGCAUUGCUGAUGAUGACCAUAAUUAGAAUAAUAGAGUCAAAGAUAGAGGAUACUCAGGACUCAUUUCUCAAAAACGCAUAUAACAUGUGCUACAAGCAGAUAGCAUUAAUAGGUGUAAUCAACCUUGUUCUAUGGUUGAUUCUACAAACAAAAUUAGCUAAGAGACUCGAUAGAAUGAUUUUCUACAGGGAUGCAAAUUUAUCACCCUUGAAUGGCGACGUUAUCCCUAUAGUUGAGCCAGUUUUCGAGUGCCUUUUGUCUGUUUGUGUGAUUUUACUAGCGUGGUACAUCGUAUACGUAAUUUACUUCCAGUUUAUCGUAAGGAGAAUAACGACCUGGAUGAGGAAAACUGAUAACUGUGAUGUGCUUUCCACAGCGUCUGAUCUUCAAGUACUGGAAGGCAACUGGUGCUACUCUUUAUGGAGCAGGAACACGUUUAACAGAGGGAACUUCCUAGCAAACAGAUUCGAGUUUAUAGAUAACGUCAACAACGCGAGUUUGCCGAAAAUUGAUCCCGGUGGCUACUACUUUAUGGAAUACCUUAGAGCAAACAUACUUGAUUAUUCGGUCCAAAUGCUCAAAGUUCCAGGAGAACUUCUAGUAUUUGUAAUUGCACUUUCACUUAUUUUAAGGAAAACGUUUGAUUUUGAGGGCAAAAAUGAGGUUAUGCUUAUUUCAAUAUUUAGUUUGUUCUGCGUAGUAUCAUUGGUUAUACUGGCUUACUAUGUGUUUUUAAUUGAAACAAAGUUGUAUCCGUCGAAUUUAUCGUCUUACUUGAUGUUUAAACACAACACUGACGACUUGGAAAUUUCAAAGUACUCCCUUAUGAAUCUAUUACCACCAUACAAACUGGACAAUUCUGAGUCCGAGGCUACCAAUUGCUUGGUUAGAUUUGUUCACGGUGAUGGACCAGUAAACAAACACGAGAACUUGUUUGUUUUCAAAUCAAAGGGCCCUAAGAUUCUUGCCAAGUUAUUUGAGAAUCUCUGCUUUGGCUUUCUUCUUGUUCUUUCCAUCUGUGUUUACUUAAUUCAGCAGCACGGUGAUACUUGGCUCAAGCAAUAUAGGUUCGGAAUAUUUGUUGUUUUUGUGAGUACCAUCGUUAUAGGAUUUCUUACACCUAAAAUCCUAUAUUCAUUAAUUGUAAUAAGCAAGACUGGGCUACUUAUUGACUUUGAAACCGUGGAGAAGGUCUGGGAGUCUAACCGGUCAAACAACACUAGGCACGCAAUGGAGAUAAUUGACGCUUUAAACCUUGACUAUGUUAUGAAUUCUCUCAAUACAAAGGGUGAAACUUACUGGAGACACUUGGUUGGGAAGCUUAAAACUUCUCCGUUGGCUGUGCAGGAACAAAUGAGUGAGGUUUGGCGUAGCCUUGAUGGGAGAAAGAAGGGUUACAUUGGUAUGGAAAAGAUCCUCAGAUACAUAUCGUCGCAAGGCCUUCAAUUCAGCAACAAUAAAAAAAUCAAGGAGUUUAUAAAGGCGUUUACCAGAACUGAACCUCACAGAUUAAACGAGGAUGAGUUUUCAGUACUCGGCUUGGUGGUUAAGCAGAUAAUAGUAGUGCCGCUUGACACAUCACAGAUGAAGGCUCUGUUUGAGGAUGUGUACAAAAUCCCAUGGAACGCACCGGGAGCAAUAGAUUCCAGCACACUUCAAACCAUUAUCAAAAAACUUGGGCUAAAGUGGAAUGAGGGCGAUAGGAGGCACUUGCUUGACUUUUUGAGCGGUGGACGCUGCGAUGGAAUGUCGGCAGAAAAAUUCGUAAACCAACUAUCAACAGUAGAACAAUUGAUAAAAGCAAAUAACUACAAUGGUCUGGGUAUCGAAAUCUGAUUUAAAUUAUAAAUUUGUUUUUAAUUCUAA